UUUCCGGCCCUUUCCGACAAUUCCUUCGUAAAGUGUACAGUUCUCAAAAGAGCUAAGGCCAAUCCGGCGACUUACACUGUUUUACUAAGGCAUCAGAUAAAAACCAAGACAUAAAUAAAUACAAUGGCAUCUUCGGACGAACUUGCCUGCGUUUAUGCAGCUUUGAUUCUCGCUGACGACCAAGUUGCGAUCACUAGUGAUAAAAUUGCAACCAUCUUGAAGGCUGCUGGAGUGUCUGUUGAACCGUACUGGCCAUCACUGUUCGCCAAGGCCCUUGAUGGUGUUAACGUAAAGGAGAUGAUCUCCAACAUCUCUAGUGGUGUAGGAGCCGCUCCAGCUGCAGCUGCUGCCCCAGCCGGCCAGGCUGCUGCCCCAGCUGAUGACAAGAAAGCUGCCAAGAAAGAGGAGAAGAAGGAGGAAUCUGAGUCUGAUGAGGACAUGGGAUUUGGUCUCUUCGACUGAGAAGAAAAAUCACAGUUUAUUUUAUGUGAAAGGAAAAAAAAUCCCAAAUAAAAAAGGAAAAAAAUGCAAAA